GCGGCGCCGCUGUGCUGGCGGCUGCCGGGGGCUGGCCAGGAACGCCCUGCAAGGCCGGGGUGCGGCCGCUCCGGCGCGCGCGUUCCCGGCAGCUAUGUUUUUUUGCAGCGAACGUAGAAAAGAGCCAGGCAUUCUUCCAGUACAGAAAGCCCAGUGAGCUCCCUCUGUUACAGGAGUCACUGCUGUCAGAGCCACAGCUGUAAAGAGAAACCCAGCUUUGCAAUGGAACGAAUGGGAUUGGAAGGGUCCACCAUUACUCCUGGAUUUUAUAUUGCCUCAGUUUAAGAGCUCUUCUGCAGUCCCACUUAGCUUCCUUCCCUUGGGAGCUACGCACUUAAAAGGAAAGUGAACAUGAGAGUUUGGAAGAACAAAUACAACCAAAGAAAAGAACUCACAUUCCUACAGGGGGGUUCUUUGGAAGAGAGCAGGUGCAGGGAAAUGUGGGAUCUUUAAAACAGUCACUGGAGCUUUUGAAAGCUGUUUGUAACCAACACGAUUCCCCCCCAAACUUUCGGCACCUUGGCAGCCAGGAGGACUUUUGCUCCUUGUGUUUCUCUUACUUUUUAAGAGCUGCAGAGCACAAAGAACCUCUCCAGGACUCCUGGAGAGCCGGAGUCACAUGCAUGGAGGCAACAUAGGCGCUUCAUCCUGCAACAGCUGCACUGAGACACCCGCUCACUCAUGAGCACCCAAGGAGGAGAGCCAGAGAUGGAUGACUGCCUGGAGACACUGAAAGAUGAGGAGGAAGCUUUGUGGGAGAAUGUUGAGUGCAACCGGCACAUGCUGAGCCGGUACAUCAAUCCGGCCAAGCUGACCCCGUACCUGCGGCAGUGCAAAGUAAUCGAUGAGCAAGACGAAGAUGAGGUGCUUAACUCGCUUAUGCUGCCCUCCAAAAUUAACCGAGCAGGGCGGCUGCUGGACAUUCUUCACACCAAGGGCCAAAGGGGCUACGUGGUUUUCUUGGAGAGCCUGGAGUUUUACUACCCUGAACUCUACAAACUGGUGACAGGCAAGGAACCCACACGGAGGUUUUCCACUAUUGUCGUGGAGGAGGGACAUGAAGGCCUUACCCAUUUCCUGAUGAAUGAGAUCAUUAAGCUUCAGCAGCAAGUAAAGACAAAAGACAUGCAGCGCUGCGACCUGUUGGCUAAGUCUCGCCAGUUGGAGGAUGAGCGAAAACAACUAAAACUGAACAAGAUAGAGCUGAUGACCUUCCAGGAGAGAUACAACAAGAUGAAGGAGGAGAGGAACAACUACAAUGAUGAGCUGGUCAAGGUGAAGGAUGAGAACUACAAUCUGGCCAUGAGAUAUGCCCAGCUGAGCGACGAGAAGAGCAUGGCUGUGAUGAGGAGCCGAGACCUGCAGCUCGAGAUUGACCAGCUGAAGCACCGCCUGAACAAGGUGGAAGAGGAAUGCAAGCUGGAGAGGAACCAGUCACUAAAACUGAAAAAUGAUAUUGAAAACCGACCCAAAAAGGAGCAGAUGCUGGAGCUGGAACGGGAAAAUGAGAUGAUGAAGACUAAAAUCCAGGAGUUACAGUCCAUUAUUCAGGCUGACAAGCGGAGUUUACCAGAUUCAGACAAAGCCAUUUUGGAUAUCCUGGAGCAUGACCGUAAGGAGGCACUGGAAGAUCGUCAUGAGUUGGUCAACAAGAUCUUUAAUCUCCAAGAGGAGAUUCGUCAUGUGGAGGACUUGAGAGACAAGUAUCUUGAAGAGAAAGAAGAUUUGGAGUUGAAGUGUUCAACGCUAGGAAAAGACUGUGAGAUGUAUAAGCACCGUAUGAACACUGUGAUGAUACAGCUAGAAGAGGUGGAGAAGGAACGAGACCAGGCAUUCCGCUCACGUGAUGAGGCUCAGACACAGUAUUCACACUGUCUGAUUGAAAAAGAUAAAUACAGGAAGCAGAUUCGGGAGCUGGAGGAGAGAAACGAUGAACUCCGAAUUGAAAUGGUUCGGAAAGAAGCCUGCAUUGUCAACCUAGAGUGCAAACUCCGACGGCUCUCUAAGGACAAUAAUUGUCAUGACCAGAGUUUGCCACGCAAUCUACCCAUCACUAUUAUCUCCCAGACCUUUGGCACUUCCAGCCCAAAAGCCAAUGGUCAGGAAGCAGAUGACUCCUCCACAUCAGAAGACUCACCAGAAGACAACAAAUUCUUCUUGCCUGAUCAAGCUCGACUCAAGAGAAGAGUGAACCUGAAGGGAAUCCAGAUAAAUCCAAGAGCUAAAUCCCCUGUCAGCAUGAACAAAACAUCAGAGUUUCAAGCAGUCAGAGCACAGGAUGAAGAUGGAGCUGAUGCCAGCAAUGGCCGCACAGACACUAGUUCCUCUAAUUCUGUUUCCAUCAGUAACUCCAUCAGCAGCUGUGAAGUCAGCAAAAUUCAAACACUGAGAAAUCGCAAUGACAGCAUCAUGUCUACCACUCCUGAGCCUCCGGGAAACGACUCCAUAGUCCGACGCUGCAAAGAGGACGCCCCUCCCUGCAGCGUGGUUGAAGAGGACAAUGACAGCUUUGGAUUUGAUGCUUUGGAGUUAGAUGAUGACAGUCAUGACAGGCACUCACAUGGAGCUCCUUCGGUGCACUCUUCUUCCUCUUCCCAUCAGUCAGAAGGCCUGGAUGCCUAUGACCUUGAGCACGUCAACUCCAUAUUUAGAAAGUUCUCUCUGGAAAGGCCUUUUCGUCCCUCUGUCACAUCUGUUGGGCGCAUCAGGAAUUCCUGCCAUACCAUCCAGCGCAUAACGCUGAAUGGAGAUACUCUCAACUCAGAAAUCACUCUUAUAGGAGGUAACAACAAAGGGAGCUUUGUUAGCUCUGUCAAAGCAGGAUCACUUGCCGAAAAAGCUGGUCUUCGAGAGGGGCACCAACUCCUACUGUUGGAGGGCUGCAUCAAAGGGGAAAAUCAGAGUGUUCCCUUGGAUACUUGCACAAAAGAAGAAGUUCACUGGACAAUUCAGAGGUGCCAUGGUCCAGUAACACUUCAGUAUAAAUCAAAUCAUGAAGGUUACAGGAAGCUGCUCUCCGAGCUGGAAGAUGGGCUUAUCGCAUCGGGGGACUCGUUUCACAUCCGCCUGAAUCUGAACAUCUCCAGCCAGCUGGACUGCUGCUCCCUAUCAGUGAAAUGUGAUGAGAUUGUUCAUAUUCUUGACACCAUGUACCAGGGGACAUGCGGAGGAUGUGACUGGCUUUGUGCCAGAGUUGAUCCUUUCACAGACAAGGACCUGGAGAGAGGGACCAUUCCCAGCUACAGCAGAGCCCAGCAACUUCUCCUGGUGAAGCUGCAGCGGCUGAUGCACAGAGGAAGCAAAGAUGAAACAGACAGCUCGCACAACACCCUGCGGGCACUCCGGAAUACACUGCAGCCAGAGGAGCCUGCCCCACAGAGUGACCCAAAAACCAGCCCUCGUCUGUCCAGAGCAAGCUUUCUUUUGGGCCAAAUAUUACAGUUUGUCAGCAGGUCUGAAAACAAAUAUAAGCGUAUGAAUAGCAAUGAGCGAGUUCGUAUCGUCACUGGCUGGCCCUCUGGUCUGGCACGGACCUCAUCUGAAGCAAAGAAACCCUUGCCUGAUAAACUGGAAGAUUUGGAUUCCAAAAGUGAAAUCAACAAGAGGCUGAUCCCUUACAGCUUGGUGAGACCCAUCCACUGUGAGCGCAGGCGCCCCGUUCUUUUCACCCCCACCAUGCUUGCCAAGACCUUGGUUCAGAAGCUUCUCAACUCCGGAGGUGCCCUGGAAUUCAACAUAUGCAAGCCAGAUAUAGUAACAAAGGAAGAGUUCUUAAGGAGGCAAAGGAUGGAGACGAUCAUCUUCAGCAGAGAGAAGAAUCUGAGCACGUACGAGUGCAUUGUACCUGCCAAUAUCGAGGCCGUCACCGCCAAGAAUAAGCAUUGUCUCCUGGAAGCCGGAAUAAGCUGCACAAAGGAUUUAAUCAAAGCCAAGAUAUAUCCCAUUGUUCUUUUUAUCAGAGUCUCGGAGAAGAACAUCAAGAGGUUCAGGAAACUAUUGCCAAAGCCGGAGGCUGAAGAUGAGUUCUUACGUAUGUGCCGUCUGAAGGAGAAAGAACUGGAAGAGCUGCCGUGUCUUUAUGCCUCUGUAGAGGCAGAUGCAUGGAGCAGUAUUGAAGACCUUAUCAGAACAAUAAAGGACAAGAUUGGAGAAGAGCAGCGUAAAACCAUCUGGAUAGAUGAAGAUCAGCUCUAAAACCAGUGUGUGAAACGGGGCUCUUUGAUGACAAAAGGACAUUCCCAGGUGGAGCAGGGGCCCACAGAAUUCUCUGACCCGGUGCCCAGUGCUUGCUCCUGUCUCACCCUUGCUGACUGGGGACUUGCUGCUGGCAGAGUGCAUGUAUGGAAUGGAACCAGAGCUGUGCUGGAUAGCCCGUGUUUCAGGUGCCAGCGAUCUAGGACGUGGAUCAGACCACCACCAUGGCUUCUGACACACCAGCAUCUCUUAAUGGACAGCAGCUGUUUAACGAGUGGGAAGGACAAAGAUCUUGAGAGGGAUCUUGGGGUAAUUUAUUAUGUAAAAAUAUGGAUCACGGUUGGCUUUAUCAAGCACUUCUGAUGAGACCAGAUAAGUGGAAUCUAGGAGAAAUAAAGCAUGAGUAUUGGGCUAAAGGAAAUGGAACUGAGGUGUGCCUCACACCCAUCUGGAGGUGAGAUUCCAAAUAUGCUCCAGUAGAGAAACUGAGGGCUGUCUGGCAGCAGCAGGAACACUACUGCUGAUGGCCAUAGCAGCUCUAUAGCCCUGUUUUUCCAUUACCAUUUUCAUCAGAAGGGAGGAAAAUAACUAUUAUUCCUGGCAUUAAUUAAAAUGACAAUUUGCCCUUCCUUUUUAAAGCCCAGAUCUAUUUAAUGGUUUUACGAGUUUUCUUUUAGUGUUGGCACUUACAAAAGAAAAUAGACUCCACAGUCCCAGUGUCACAUCAGAUCUUCCGAGAUCUGCCAAGGUUUCAUUUAGUUUUUCCUUGCCUCUGCAUUGCAUUUAAUUAUACAUCUCUCAAUGUUUAUUUUUUUUUUUUUUUACUUGUGAAAAAUAACACCGGUGCCUUCUCCAGACAAGUUUCUCUGUUUUUCCAUUUCUCCACUGAAAUCUUUAUUUCUCUACAACUUCAUUGCCGGCCAACAUGCCUGCGCUCAACAGGAGGGACUGUUCUGCAGAGAGGAAAAGGAGAGCUUCAUAAGCCAGUAAUCGCUGGGAGCCGCUCCGUCCUUGACCUCUCUGCUGUGAUUGACAGCACAGGGACCAGCGAGUGCCGCACUGUGCUGUGGCCAGGCAGGGUAACAUUUUCAGAGUGUGUAUGUGACUCAGAAGACCACAUCCCAUUUUCAAAAGCACUCAACUCCUCAGAGAGUUGAAGUUCCACUGAUAAUGAGUGGGACUGAGACUCCUACGUCUCUGAGGGCUUUUAACAUUUUUCCUCUAUACAUUAGACACUGUAUUGAGACUGCCAAAUUGAUUCAAUAAAGCCGAUCAGAUAAUUAUGACUUGCACAACUGCUGAUCUGAAACGCAAUAAGAACUGACCUACAGAAGAAGAGGUGUACAUCCCAUUAUCCUUGGGUCUUUCUUUCUCUGCUAUAUCCCUCCAUUUUACGACACAGUUAAUAACUAAUUUAUCUUUGCUUCUGUGUUCAUCCCACAUCCUCUGUCUCGAUGCUUCACAUGAGUGUGCAGCAGCUUGCAAUAACAGGACAAGCGGGAUCCAAGCAGAACAUCUGGGCUGGCUGCCCUCGCUACGCUGACUGCUGCACUGUCCUUGCGAGGAGCUCCUGGUGCUCAGGGUGUCUCUCAGGUAGACUGGGUCAGUUUGUAUUGGCUUGCAUGAUGGUGCUUUCCUGCUUUUCUCUUAUGUUUAUGCAUAUCAUUUUUUAACUAAUGGUAUCUUCAAGAAGUCAUUAAUGUCAGUUUACAUCUGACUUUCUGCUGCUCUUUCUCUCACAUUAUUCACGUCUGAAAGGCUGUUCAUAGCAUUUGUCAGAGAAUGGCUCUUUACCUUCCCAAUGCCAUCUGUUUGGAUUGUGCAAGCAGGGAGAUACUCCUACUUUGCAAUCUCUUCAUGAAGUACAGGCUGCGUCUACCAUUUGCAGCUCCCGCCGGGGCGAAGAAUAACAACUGAUUGGGGAAUACAUGAAACAAAUUGGAUGAUGCUUCAGAGAGCCUCUGUAGCCCAACAAGAAAGCAGAAAGCAUCAGUUGGAAAAGCUAAGCCUUCCAGGAGCAUCUUGCAGACAUCCCUAAUGUUCUGAUCAUGCAACCUUGAGUAAGAGCUCCCUGUGGUUUGUUGCUGCCCCCCUUACGACAGUUUGGAGUCCACAGCUGAGCAAAUGGAGGGACUGUGAGGACAUUCCUCAGCUGCUUCAGCAAAAAGUUUGGUCAGGUCAGCUUCAGGUGCCUCCAGGAGCAGCCAGUUGCCUGCUCAUGGGACAGAACUCAUCGCCUGCCCAAGCACCACUGGAAGCAGUAACACCUGGAGGAGUAGCUGGAACAGGUGGGAAGCAGUUAGGAAGGGAUGAAGGAUCUCCAAUUGGUUGUUUCUGCUGUGGUCUCUCACCACUGCUUUAACUCUGAGCCCUCUGUACACAGAGUACUGUGGAUGUGAUUUGUCUCACUUAAACUGAGGCAAGGGAAAGGUAGAUGCCAACGUCUAAAGGAGGUUUCUUUUGCACUGAAUGGAGACACACCUCCAAAGAGCUAUUUGUCUAACUUAUUGUGGAUGGCUAUCUAAGGAUGAGAUGAAUUGUCCUCUGUAUCUUUCCAUGGACGACAGAAGGAAUCUAGAAAAUUAGCCUGGCCCUUAACAGUUAGCUUUUUGAUUUGUAUUUUAGGACAGCUACCCACCAUAUGGAGAAGGUAGGACUAGAGAUGGAGGCAGAGAACAAGCACAGGCCUCAUUAUUUCUGUGAGACGAGAGGGGUGAAUACCUGGAAUGCAUUUAUCUUUUCGGUAUCUGAGCAAAUUUCCUGUAAAUUCCCAGCUCUGCAGGCACCGUGGUUGUCUGCUCAUUUCAUGCACAGCAACCAGACUGUUAGGUGAAGUUCACUGACAGAGCCGUGUGCUGGGCCUGCGGAACCCUCGCCUCUCUUUGACUCAGUGAGGAAGGACUGUAUUCCCCCUUGAUUUGUGGAUGUGAUCUCAAAAAGCAAAACUGGAACAGGAGCACAUUCCCAGAAGUGCAACAGAGCGACAGGGGCCAUUAUCACUUAGACUUGCUGAAGGGUGGCUUCUGAUCUAGUUCCAAAUGCUGUCCAUCUCGACCUGCAGAAAUUAACCUCCGCAUCUUUUGAAAUGUGUUCAAAACUACAGGCCUGGAAAGAGGCCCCGCAUUUCCCCAAAUGACAAAGUAGUGAGGUCAGCAUGAAUUCCAAGUCCCAAAGCCACAGAGCUGAAGUGCAAACUUGGAACUUGGGCUGUGGAUUGUUUCAGUGAUUCUGCUAAGUCUGACUUACAAGGUGUUGCUUUAACAUACCAACUACUUCCUUCCUUGCAUACGCAUGUCAUAAUAUACAUCAUCCGGAGUUCCUGGUCAUGUGUACAACUGCUCAGCUAUGAGCAGCCACCUUAUCGGUCUGGCUUCAGAGGCAGUGACUCUGUUGAAAAACCAGAAGCAAUGAUUAGGAGAAGACAGUAGAAACUGGAAAUGCUGUUUGAUGUAAAGUGUCCCAGCUGAGUGCAGACUGGGCCUGAGUUUGCUGAAGGGUCCGGGUCUGACUGGUUUUCCACUGGGUGUUCUCUGGUGUUUCCACAUUGCUGGCCAGCACUUGGGGUAGGAUUGGUGACCAGCACCUGGGCUUGCAGCUAUGGCUGUAAUUGACACACGUUACCUGAGUCCAAUAGAAUCAAGCAGCAGAGCCAGGUUUGAACUGGAUACUGUGACUGGACAUCAAGCUCGGAUCAGCCACCCGACAGAGAGCGUCUGGAUCUGGUUCUGUUCGUCCAUCUGAGCUGGAGGCGAAGCUGUCGGUGGAUCUGUCUGCAGCAGGCGGCUCGGGCAGCACAACGUGCAGGGCAGGAGGAACACACGCAAAGCAGACCUGUGAACUUUAAGUGGAGACGGUUGCCAAAGCCGGAAAAAUGCCUGCAAACUUGCUAGAGGUAUCUGUAUUCUUUUAUGCCAAGCUAUUUUCAUGGCUUAGGGUUGGAAAACUGCUGCAAGGAUGUCAUCGGGCGGUAUGCAGGUAGCUUCAGGCCUCCAGAGCUGCCGGGGGCUGCGAUGCUCUGUGUGGGCACUAAAGCUGCAAAGGUCGAGAAGCGGUUGCUGAGCUGUGCCCUGGAGAGUGACAAGCGAGGCACACGUGGGGAUUUGGGGCUUCUGAGAGAGCAGCAUUCUAGGAUUUUGCAAUUCUUUGAAUUGAAUGCUCUGAAUCAAUCAGCAUUAAUCAGCUCAUGCUGUGAAACCUACCAAACUUGCUCCCUCUUGGUGUAGUUACUACCUCCCUUGCUCUUGGUAGAAUCGUAGAAUCAUAGAAUGGCCCGGGUUGAAAAGGACCUCAAAGAUCAUCGAGUUUCAACCCCCCUGCUGAGUGCAGGGUCGCAAACCACUCGACCACACUGCCCAGAGCCACAUCCAGCCUUGUUCAGUUACAAGAACUGAAUAAUACAGCACUGUUUUGUGCUAUCUGCCAUUAAAGGCAUGCAGGAUUCCAAGCAAGAGAUGUGUGAUUCCUUUCCUACCAGUUACUUUGCCUUCCCUGUGUCUCUGCCCUGCUCAGCUCCCAGUGUUCCCACCUGCUCCGCGCUGCGCAGUGCACGGGCUGUUUGCAGCACACUUGGUUUGCUGGAGCUCCAUCAGAGCACCGCUCUGUGCCCACUGCACCGAGUGAUGAAUGUGUAAAUCGAAACUGCAAUUCAAGAAAAACUUUCUGCUUUACCAGACUUGUCUGCAGCAGAAAAAGGAGGCUCGCGUGGGUCAAUGCAGGAUGCCUUCUGACGUGGGAGAGCCGGUCCCAGCGCAGCCCUGGGCUGGAGCUGCAGACCCACGCUGACAGCGCGGUGAGCACAGCCUACGCAGCCACGAGGAAUUGUUCUGUCUGACACUUCCCUGAAUGGAAAACCUAAUUCAGCCAACACAGAGCUGAGACUGUGACAGGAAAUUUCCUCCCCGAUCUUUCAGGGACCGCAGAAUUCUGCUGCACUCCCAGAAAUGGCACUUCUUCUUUCUGCAAAGCUAUGGAGCCCUCCCUGAUCCUCACGGACCCAUCCUGUGACAAAUCUGUGCCAUUCACGUGGACUUUCCCCUGAGUCUUUCCAGUGCGCAUUUGGUUUUAUGCCUCAGAAAACAGAAAGUCUCCCAUCCUGGUUUCCAUCUCCCAUCCGUAACAUGGGUCUGGUGCUGCCUCCUGAGUGGGGACUGCUGUACACAGUGAGAUUUGUAGCUCAGUUUGUGAACCCUACCAGGAACCAAGCUCAGAACAACAGGAAGCUCUUCCACCCUCCCUCCUCCGCCUCCUUUUUUUCUGUUCCUCUGCUGCAGAAACUUUCUGAUGCUCAGAUCACAGGCUCUCCGGGGUUAACUGCACCAUUCGUCACUGGAAAAAAAGAAAAAAAAAGAAAGAAAGAAAAAAAAAAAGAGACCCUUAAAAGCAGAUGGUGGGUGAUGGGGAACCUGUCUGAGAGUAAGCAUCUACAACAGCAUGUCUGCUUCAUCAGAUAUUAGCAUCAAAAGCCGUCUGACAAUUUAGCAACAAACAGCAAUAUUGAUUUUCUUCCAAACUGCAGGCACAGGAAGGCAGAGAGGGAGAGCUGGCUCCUUCAUAGCACCCCCUCAUAGCUGGGCAAACAGCGAGGCAGGAGCGGGGCUGGAGGUGAUGCAGGAACACCAGGACGCUCUCACUGAACAGCAGCAUGUGCUGCAUGGAGUGACACCAGACUGGGACAGGCUGCUGCCAUCGCAUCAAACAGGAGCUGCUAGGUGGGGUGCGAAGGAGCCAGGAGGUGCAGCUUGCUUCCUUGGCUGUUUUCAGGCACAUUAAUUAAUUGCUACAACCCAGAUGAGCAGUAAUAGCUGCCUCUCCACCUGUGCUGCCCUCAGCAGCCAGCCUGACUUUUUUGACCCCGGCAAUCUGGAAGAAUUCCACCAGAGAACUGAGAUGCAACUCUUUUUCCCUUUGUUCUCUGUCCCACUAACUCCAUUUUCAUACGUUGGUGGAAAGGCUGCUCGCGGUCAGCAGCCAGGUCCUGGAAGCACUUCCCGAUGACAAAUGUUUGGUAUUUCCACUUCUGCGGAGAAGAAAGUUCUUUUCUCUGUUUUAAAUUCACCACAACUGUUGGUCUCACAUCAAUUAUGUACACUUCUCCCCUGUCUCUCACUCUGAAAUGCCAGUGGAUCUGGGAAUUUUUGCUCAGAGACGUGGAGAACUAACAGGGAUUUCUGGCACAGCCCUCAGUGAUUGCAGCUAGCAAGGCAUCAGCAAAACAGCCCAGAGACACGCAGGCACUGGGACGCACUGAAGGUCCAUCUCCUGCUCAUGAAGAGGUAUUCAGAGGGUAACUGAUAAAGCUGGAGCUCAUCAGGACAGCGCUCACGGAGGAUUGAACUCACCUGGCCCUGUCCAGCCCUGGCCAUGGACACAUCCCCAGUGCUCAGAAAGCAAGGCAGGAAAUAAAGAACAGCUCACAAGCAAACUGAGAAACGUUCCUGGCAUAAACGGGUAGGGUUCCAUUAACUUUCAAUUCUGUGCACCAGGAAGAGCUGAGCUGGAUAUCGACUCUGACCUAGUUGAAGUUCUUUACAGCAGCAUCACUGCAUUGUUAAAAUACUGUCUUAAGAGCCAAUUUUUGGUUGUUGCCUUCAUUUUUUUUUUCACCCUAGAGAAAGCCAGUGGGGUAAACUUCUAUUAAAUGAAUGUGAAAAAUUGAU